AUGAUCCAGGACUGGAGAUUUGGUGACGAAAAAGAAAUGAUGGCGCAAGGAGGUGAGUGCAGUGGAUUUAUCGACGUGGGCGGCGGUGGAUGCAGGCUGACUCCGGCAUGCACGCAUGGGAAUCGAUGCCUUCGAGUGCGAUCGCAUUUUCGGGCACCUCGAGCGAGCCACUCAGACGUCUUCGGCCCAGUCGAAGAUCUUCAGGUAGGUUUGAAUUCUCAAGGAACACCGUUACAACCACAAAAACCAGCGGGACGACCCGAAUGGCAACGAGACGCGCUGUGA